CUUCAACAUUCAGCGAAAAUGGUAUCUGGUCGCCCACUUUUAUAUUUGUCACUGCCUGGUGUAGCAUUUAUUCUUGGCGUAUUCUGGUUUCGGCGUCGGAAUAAAAAUCGUCUAGAUAAUGAUACGAAAAAGAUAGGCAAUGAAGUCCACGAAGAUCUAAUCACAAAGACCACAACAGCAUGUAAUAAUAAUAGUAGUAGCAGUAAACCCACAUCCACACCCACAAAAUCAAUGAACAUAAACGGAACAAUACCAACAGAUGAUGAAAAUCCGGCAAAUCGAAUGUUUGGCAAAUCGGCACCCAUUAAAAUUGUACAAAACGGUCGUGGCCCAUCACCGGUGAAACAAACGGCGCAACAGCAAUUGGAUUCGGAAGUUUUAAAAACAAAAAUACAAGAUGCCGAACACAAGUUAUUGCGUUCCAUCGAAGAAGAUUUUGAAAAUCUUUCCUCGCCCGUUGAUCUCCCCGAUUCCAUAAAUAAUCGCACAUCAUUCUAUUCGCGUAAUGUUGAUAUUAAAAAGGACAAACCGGUUGUUAUAAUGGCCACGACUACACCCAAAAUAUCGCCAGAAAAUUCAUUUUUGGAAAGUAAAUAUACCAAAGAGUGCGCAGCCGAAGAUGAGAAUAACAAGGAUAACAAGGAAACAGAAUCACAAACUAAUGCCACCACCACCCCAACUGAUACCGAAUGCACCGUCGAUGACAAUUGUGGCACAACAAAUGUCACAGAUAAACGUAAUGUUGAUGCUGCCAGUCCUUCCCUCAGCUUAUGUAGUGUACAAUCCGGUGACUCGGGUAAAGGAUCAAGUUUACCCCGGUCCGAGGCGACACGUGCUAAAACUACAUAUGAAUUCUUUUUGCCAGAUAGUCUAGUCGGUUACCUGUAUGGUCGCCGUCACGCCUUUAUCAAUCAAAUCAAAUCGAAGACAAAUGCCACAGUAGUUUUACGCAAAAAAAUGUAUCCCGGGAAAUUGCGUGUGUGUGCCGUCGAAGGCACCGAUAGUGAAAUACAAGCUGCUUUGGCAAUGAUACGUCAACGUUUGCCGGCCAAGCGUUAUCCCAAAUUAACAAUGCAAAGAAUACAUUUUGCACUUCCACAAUCUGUAGUUCCUCUAUCAAAUGAAAGUCUGCUUAAUCUUCAGUUAAAUCUAAUUGAAGGUAUCAAUAAUGAUGUAGUUGUUAGUGCUAUUAUUUCGGGUGCCCAUAUAUUUGUACAACAGCCCCUACAUCCAACCCAUCCAUCAUUAGUUGUCUUACAAAAAUGCCUAUACGAUAGCUAUACAACUGGCGAGGCUCCCCUUUUGCCGGGCAUUGAAUUAAAUGCGGUGUGUGUAAUGUCUGUCAAUGGCAUUUGGUAUCGGGUACAAAUUGUCAAUGGUGACAUUGAUGAUCCAGAACGUUGUGUUGUUAAGUUUUUGGAUUUCGGUGGCUAUAUGAAUGUACAUUUAAGUGAAUUGCGACAAAUACGUUCAGAUUUUAUGACAGUACCAUUCCAAGCCACCGAAUGUAUACUGUCAAAUAUAGAGCCAAUAGACUCCUCCUGGACACCAGAAUCUGCUGAUAUUCUCUGUAGACUAACCAAAGGCAUUGUAUUGCAAGCACAAAUUGCUGGUUACAAUUCACACAAUAUACCAGAAAUCUUCUUGUUUGCAUGCUUAGGCCCCAAUAAUGUUAUAUUUAUCAAUAAGGAGCUUGUUGCCAGAAAUCUUGCAAAAUGGGUGGAUGACAUAAGAGACUGAUUAUAUACCGCUAAGGAAAAGCAUAUAGAAACAGAGGCUGCCGCCGAUAGCAACAAUAAUAACAUUGAAUUGGACGUUGUUGUCGCUUACAACAACAACAAG